CCGUGCUCUUCCAAAAGAACAAAAUAAAAAAUCUCGACCAACACAAACAUUUGGUUUUGAUUUUGAUUAUUUUUCACUUUAUUCCCUGUUAACUUGUUGUUCGUUUCUCUCACAGCAAUCAAUUGUCCAUCACAAGAAUCUCUCUCACUCUCUCUUCUCCGAUUCAAGACUCGGACAACCCAAUGAACGAUCUCGAGCGAGUCAAGAAGGAAGACCCGUUUCUCGUCAAGUAUCAGCCCUCCGAACUCAGAAUCGCCUCUGAGUUCUUAACCACGUGGCUUCCUUUCCUUUCCAGGGAUCUCUGCCGUCGAUGCACCCGAAUCCUCUCCCGACGAAUCCGCUCUCUAGACCCAGGAGAUGCUGAGCUGGCCAACAAUGAUCUGAAUGCAAUCCAUUCUACCCCCAAUAAUACUGAAUCAGAAGACUUAAAUGAGAAUUGUCUUGACAAUUGUGCUGUGAACUCAAUUGGGAGUUCAAAAGAUGAAGAUACCAACUCAUUGGGUAGUUGGAAAGAUGAGGGAAAUGGAUUUUCUGAACCCAUCGGAGAAGCAUCCACUAGUAGUGGAGUUGCCAGCGCAUCACCUCUGUUUCAAACCCCUGUUCCCCGUCAAUCAUGGGCAGACAUGGCACAGGAAGAUGAACUUGAGGAAGUAGAAGAAGAAGAAGAAGAAGAGCAACUGGUGUCAGAGUCAAGCAAGCGGAUUGUUAGUUUAACUGCUUCUACGGGGGAGUUGAGGAUAUCUAAGGUUGUCGAGAAGCCUAAAUUGUCUAGGGAUCAGAGAGAGUCCAUUAGGUUUAUGAAUGUCAAGAGGAAGAAAGGUUUUAUAUGUUUCGAGAGAGUUAAUGGUAAGUUUGUAAAUAUUCUCGAGGGGCUUGAACUCCAUGAGGGAAUUUUCAGUGCUGCAGAACAGAAGAGGAUAGUUGACCAUGUUUACAUGCUUCAGGAGAUGGGGAGAAAAGGGGAGUUGAAAGAACGCACAUAUACAGCACCUCACAAAUGGAUGAGGGGUAAAGGGCGCAUAACCAUCCAAUUUGGUUGCUGUUACAAUUAUGCAAUGGACAAAAAUGGUAACCCACCUGGUAUUCUUCAAAAUGAAGUUGUAGAUCCUAUACCUGAUCUCUUCAAGGUAAUAAUUAGAAGGCUAGUCAGAUGGCAUGUGCUUCCUCCGACCUGUGUGCCUGACAGUUGUAUUGUUAAUAUAUAUGAAGAAGGUGACUGCAUACCUCCUCACAUUGACAACCAUGAUUUUGUUAGACCAUUCUGCACUGUAUCAUUUCUUAGCGAGUGCAAUAUAGUUUUUGGGUCAAACUUGAAGGUUGUAGAUGCUGGUGUGUUUUCCGGGCCAAUUGCAAUUCCCCUACCUGUCGGGUCAGUUCUAGUUUUAAAUGGAAAUGGAGCAGACGUUGCUAAGCAUUGUGUGCCUGCAGUUCCUACGAAGAGGAUAUCGAUCACAUUUAGGAGAAUGGAUGAAUUGAAACGGCCUAUAGGAUAUGCUCCAGAAUCAGACUUGCAGGGCAUUGAACCGUUGUCAUAUGAUGCAGACAGGCCCAAGGAAUUUAGUUCACCUAAAUCUGAACGCCCUGUAAGGCAACCGUUUAGAAGAGAAGAUAAAAGGGAAGCCAAGGGCUUAACAGAGAAUAAUGAGCCCUCAGAAUGGCGUUCCUCAACCCGGCCUCGAAGAGGCCCUUCAUAUAGGAGAAGGUUCACUGUGAAUCAGAGCAGGUGAUGGGUUGCUGAAUGUCUACUCUGGAAAUUAUUUUUCUGUUCAUGUUAUUGAUCAUUUCAGUAUUUGUGAGUGGUAUAAGUUCCUAUUUACUUAUUUUGAAACCCUCGAAUAGUGGUUAUUGGGCUAGAUUGUCAUACUUAAGUUAUAGGAUUAGCUUGUAACUUCAGAGGGCGGGUAUUGGUGUCACUUUUCUGAAAAAUCAAAACUCGGGUUCACAGCUGGUCUACUGCUCGGACUUGAGGUUGGCUUGACACGGUGGAAGCUGCUGGAAUUUGAUAGAUUGGAUUGUUGCUAUAAUUGCUUGGUUCUACUUUUAGCUACAAGAAAGACGAGAUUCUGUACUUUCUUUCCUUUUCUCAAUUGAGAGUCAUGUUCCAUGAGGAUUAUAAAUUGUAUAAAACGAUGUACUUAAUUAGUUUCUAAGCAUUUGUUUCAAGGAUUUAAAAUUAAA